AUGAGGUUGCUGCAGGCCAAGACGGAGCGGAGCUGCCAGACGCGGAGUUCUACGACCAGGAGCGAGCCGGUGCUGCGCCCAAGGGCGCGCUCGCUGCCUGGGAUCGCAGACAGAUCGACGUCUUGGCUCGAUGCCUCCGGCUGGCACCACCUCUCCUUCCCGACGCCCUACGCACGAGACGUGCGGACUCGGUACAAAGUACUGCCGCGGUUGUUGGCCAAACUGGUGGGACCUUUGGCGUGGGACGAGGCUCCUCGGACACCGCGGGCACUGCGGGAAACCACAGUGGACUUCGGUGAGCGCUUGAGCCACCCAAAGCAGAGUCUCAAAGUGAACCCAUUGAGUGCGACAAGGCCAAGGCUGAGCACUACCACACGCAUCCUCUCCUCUUCGACCGAUUCGGUAAAGGGCCCGUCCUUCUCCUUGGCCACUGUCCACUUCGAGAGGCCGCCACCGAGCCCUGCAAGCCCUGCAAGCGUAAGCCCGGGCGCCACGCCGGCCAAGCCCAGCACAGCCCCCGCGCGCGUCGUCUCCUUGGAACGCCUCAAGGCACUGGCGGAGCCGAAACGGCGCAGGAGCAAGUUCGUACGCGCCAAGAGCUUUGUAGGACCCGUCGCCAAGAGCAAGAGCCCGAAACCGCUCAGACUCCCUGAGACGGGUGUGACCGACGCUCGGAGACCGACUUCUCGAAGGGAGCCAAGGGAGCCGGGAAGCGAAUCAGGCGAAGCACGGCCAAAACCCAAAGGCAAAGAAGAGACCAACGGAGCAACAGAGGAGGGCGACUCACUACAGUCCAUCGAGAAAACCGAGGCAACGGAGGUGCAUGGGAACAGCGUGACCUUCAGCAAGACUGAGAAAUCUGAGCGCAGCUUUGAUGCCUCUCCCGCGAGCCAUGCUAGAACGGAGAAAUCCGAAUAUGCGUUCUCGGAGGUAUCGCCAAUGAGCAACAGCAGAACAGAGAGAUCCGAGUACGAGUUCGAGGAAGUGUCUCCAGCGAGCCACGGCAAAUCGGUCCAUGGGAACAGCGUGACCUUCAGCAAGACUGAGAAAUCUGAGCGCAGCUUUGAUGCCUCUCCCGCGAGCCAUGCUAGAACGGAGAAAUCCGAAUAUGCGUUCUCGGAGGUAUCGCCAAUGAGCAACAGCAGAACAGAGAGAUCCGAGUACGAGUUCGAGGAAGUGUCUCCAGCGAGCCACGGCAAAUCGGUCCAUGGGAACAGCGUGACCUUCAGCAAGACUGAGAAAUCUGAGCGCAGCUUUGAUGCCUCUCCCGCGAGCCAUGCUAGAACGGAGAAAUCCGAAUAUGCGUUCUCGGAGGUAUCGCCAAUGAGCAACAGCAGAACAGAGAGAUCCGAGUACGAGUUCGAGGAAGUGUCUCCAGCGAGCCACGGCAAAUCGGAGACAUCGAAGCAUGGCUUUGAGGACACGUCACCCACGAGCAACAGCCGGACGGCAAAGUCCGGAGCAGACUCUCCUGUGAGCAAUGUCAAGACUGAGAAGUCUGAGAAUGGCUCUCCUUCGAGCUAUGUCAAGACUGAGAAGUCUGAAAGUUUCGGAUCAUCUCCAGCGAGUCAUGCUCGCACGGACAAGUCCUACAACACAAGCUUCGUACCGGAAGAGGAGUCUGACGCGCAAGACACCUCGCCAUCGAACCACAACGGGUAG